GAAGAUGCGCAGUCCUCGUCCGAUUAUGUGCCUUCUGAAACGGAGCUUCGAAGGGAAAGAUCUGCUGGCGGUGGAGGGCGCGGUAGAUUAGUUCCUACACAAAGCGAUGAGGAUUUCGUCGUGUCGGGUUCAGACGACAGCUAUACGGGCUCUAGACGGAAAAAGAAGAAAAAAGGCAGGGAGAAGUCACGGAAACGAUCACGAUGGUGUGCCUUUCAAUAUGAUGAUUCUGAAGCAAGAAGGAAAAGGAAGAAGAAGCGCUUGGAGCCAGAAAGUGAUGAGGAGACAAAUGAUGAAGAUGAUGAAGUUGAGUUGGAAGAGGACGACGAAGACAGUGAUGCACCUCGAACGCGAACUGGGAGGAAGAGGAAGCGCUUGGAGCCAGAAAGUGAUGAGGAGACAAAUGAUGAAGAUGAUGAAGUUGAAUUGGAAGAGGACGACGAAGACAGUGAUGCACCUCGAACGCGAACUGGGAGGCCAUUGCGCAAGGCUGUGGUGAAGUCGAAGGCUGCGCUUGUUGAAGAAAGCGAAGAUGAAGAGGAGAGUAAUGAAAAUGAGGAUACAGAAAACGGUGAGCCUGAAGCCGAGAAGGAUGUCCAAGAUUCUAGGAAAGCUAAAAAGAGAAAAAUCACUUCUGAUUCCGAAUCGGAUGUUUUCGUACCCGAUGAGGACGCCGAAAAUGAUGAGGAUGAUGAUGACGAAGAUGAAGAAGAAGAGGAGGAUUCUAAUGCAAUGGCCCGAAGGGCGCCACCAUUUCCAAGCAAAAUCUCGUCUGUUCCCAAACCCACAACAGCAGCGAAGCGCGCCGAUGAGGACGAUGAGGAAUCUGAUAUGGAGUCCGACAAUGAUUUAGAAUUGAAGCCGAAGGCCAAGAAAUUACGCUUGGAGGAUAAAUCGGAAAAUAAUGCUGUCCCUACUUCCAAUACUGCUUCGAGAGAGAAAAAUGGUAUUUCCUCUAUGGAAGUGAAGCUGAAACCGAUUGCAGCUCCUAAUUCGCAAACGGACUCGAAGCUUUCUACGUCAUUAACUCCAGCUGUAGAGCCAAUUGUUGCGAAAAUUAAUACAACUGAGCGGAAGCCUCUGGCAGCAGAAGUAACUGAGUCGAAACCUUCACCUGUGCCAGCAAAUAAGUCUUAUGCAAAUGAGAGGAUGUCGUCUCCGACACUUCCUUCUGCUCCUAAAUCUGCACUAGAGUCGAAGGAGGAAAAACCUCGUUCUACUUCGUCAAUCUCAUCUUUGAAAGAGGAAAAGCCUCGAUCUCUAUCAUCAACUCUAUCUUCUACGCCAGCUUCUAACCCCUAUUUAUCUGCUGCGAUCAUAUCGGAAACGAAGGUUUUGGCUUCUACCAUUUCAUCAGUGCCAACUAGAGCAGAUGGGGGGACGGUUGAUACCCUGGCUCCAUCGUACGUGACCAGUGAAAGGACUGCGAAUGUAGGGUUAACGCUAGUCCCUAAUCCAUAUUCUGCGCCACCACUUCCUCAACUGCCUUAUUGUUCGGGUCCUCAAGGUUCUAUGCCGUUUGUAGCAAAUCCCUACGCACCAUAUCCAAGUACUUCGCCAUUUCCUCCUGGACCACCAGCUAUGGGGCAUCCUCACAUUGGUUAUAUUCCCGGAGUUGUACCUAACCCUUACGGGCAGCAGCCGAGCAUGCCUCCAUCAAAAGGUGGAACUCGCGAUCUUCGUUCCUUAUGA